CUCUGAGAUCUUCCGGCAGCUGGCUCAAUAUAUUAUCUCAGCUCUGAUCUAUUUAUAUUAGCUCCAUCUUAAACAAAUGGCGGAAACCAAGCGCCUCUUAUUCUUCUUCCUCGUCUUUCAACUUAUUACAAUUACUUCCAAUGGAUUAUUUGUUAAUCCAACACUGGUGCAGUCUGAUGCUGGAGCUGUUUGCUUGACUGGGAAGCCAGCUUCCUAUUACUUUUUUCAAGGAUUCGGCAAUGGAAUUGGGAAUUGGAUAGUAUAUCUUCCUGGAGGAGCAUGGUGCGCCACUCCUGGAUUUUGCAUCCAAUAUGCUGCAGAUCAUAAUAUUACCUUAGAUCCAAUACCAUUCUAUUUUGGUAACAUUCUGGACAAGGACGAAGAAAAAAAUCCAGAUUUCUUUGACUGGAAUAAAGUUGUGAUCACCUACUGUGAUGGAUCAUCAUUCACAGGCGAUUCCCAAACAAUUUACAAUGGCACCAAUCUCUACUUCAGAGGUGCUAGGAUUUUCGAUGCUGUUAUGCAAGAGUUGCUUCAAAAGGGAAUGAUAAUGGCCCAUAACGCACUUCUGUUUGGUAGUUCUGCCGGAGGAGUUGCGGCUACACUUCAUUGUGAUGGAUUUCGCAAUUUGUUGCCUUAUGCUAUUCGAGUAAAAUGUUUGUCGGAUGCUGGAUAUUUCUUUCCUUCGACAAGAUUUGAAGGGAACAGUUUUACACCAACCUUCCAAGGAUUGAUAACAUUGCAUGGAUCCACUAAGUCGUUACCCAAAACUUGCACAUCGAGAUUAAGUCCGCAUCUGUGCUUCUUUGCUCAGAAUGUGCAGCAAGAUAUCCAAACUCCUAUCUUUUUCUUGAUGUCUGCGUUCGAUAAUGUUCAGGUAUCAUGGACUUUUAAACAUAAUGCAACAAUAAAAAAUUGCAUCGUGAAUUGCACUACUUGUUCAAGUGAGAUUUAUAAAGUCUUACAAGAUUUAAGAUUGGAGUUUUUGAGUCUAUUGCCAAAUCAAACAAAUUCAUUGUCAAAAGGAGUCUUGAUUACCUCCCUUACUGCUCAUGGACAAGAACCAUCUCGUAACUGGGAUUUAGACAUGGUAAUCGAGGGGAGUAAUGAGACAAUUGCAAAACUAUUUAGAGACUGGUACUUUGACAGGAGAGGAGUUUAUAUAAUAGACAAAUAUCCAUAUCCGUACCUCAAUAAUUGUUCAUCAGUACCAAGUAACAGUCUCACCUGAUUAAUUUGCAGUGCAUGGAUGACGUAUAGUAUGUAAUCAUGCACAAUAUCCUAUCCUAUGCUUUAUGUACUUGUUAAUCGAAAGGAUGACUAAGCUAAGCUUAAGCUAGCAAGCAAUCACAGUCAAUGUAAUGUUUGCUACUUAUAAAACA